AGAGUGUCAGGUGAAGGUGGGGGGGAACGAAAGUUGCGCGGAACGAAAGUUGCGCGGCCUCCGUGUCCCCACCCGAAUCCUAUUCAGUGCUGCGCUAAGGGACCAAGAUGGCGGCGCCCAGCCCCGAGUCAGCCGGGGGGGGUCGGGGUCGGUCUCCCUCCGUUACCCCGCAGCAGAUCCGGGAUCUGAUUGAUGGAGGAAUCGCUUGUGAGGGCAGCGGGCCUGAAGGGAAGGACACGUCCGACUGGUCGGAAUCAGCGAAUGGAUCUUUGCAAACCGAUGCUCUCUCCUUGGAGUCAACAAGCAAAGAAGCUUAUUUCAGCAGAGUAGAAACGUUCACUCCGCUGAAGUGGGCAGGCAAACCCCACGAGCUGUCUCCCUUGGUCUGUGCCAAGUAUGGAUGGACCAACGUAGAAUGUGACAUGUUGAAGUGCUCCAGCUGUCAGGCCUUCCUCUGCGUCAGCUUGCAGCUCACCUUUGACUUCAACAAGUAUAAGGAGCGCUGCGCGGAGCUGAAGAAAUCCUUGUGCACCGCUCAUGAGAAGUUCUGCUUCUGGCCAGACAGCCCCUGCCCAGAUCGCUUUGCCCUGUUGCUGGUGGAUGAGCCCAGAGCCCUUCUCCAGGACUUCCUGGAGCGUUUCCAGAGCCUGUGUCAGCUGGAGCUGCAGCUGCCCUCCCUCAGAGCAGAGGAUAUGAAAAACAUGUCCCUUACAGAGGAGAAGAUCAGCCUGCUGCUCCAGCUGAUCAAGGAGGAACUCGAGCAAAGGACCGAGGGAGAGAAACCACCAAUGAAGUUUGCUUCAGAAGUCCUGCAGGUUCACAUUCCUGCCUGUGUCCUGGCUCUGUGCGGCUGGACCUGCAGUGUUGUGUCCGGCUCUGUGCUCUCAGUCAUCACCUGCUCUCGCUGCAUGAGGAAGGUGGGACUGUGGGGUUUCCAUCAGCUGGAAUCUACAGGGUUGGAGCUGGACUCCUGGAGCCCAAACAUGACAGCAACUGGAGAUCAUGGCCCUCCUGUGCCCACAUCUCCACGCAGGAUGCUCACACGGAGCCAAGACGCGAUUUCACCGGGCUCUGAGCAGGAGAAGAGUCCCUCCCCAUCCAUCUCUCGCUUGAGAGCUUCAGAUCCCCCCAGCAGCCCUAUGGAGCGAGGGGGUGAGCUGGAGGCUGCCAGCCCCACACAGAGGAACCGCCCCAUUACCCGCAGUAUGGGGCAGGGGGACAAUGUGGAGGUGCCAUCCAGUCCCCUCCGCAGAACCAAGAGGCCACGGCUCUGCUCUUCCAGCAGCUCGGAUACUUCCUCAAGGAGUUUCUUCGACCCCAGCUCCCAGCAUCGUGACUGGUGUCCCUGGGUCAACACAGUGGAGACAGGAGAAGCUCCAGAGGAUCCUGAGAAGGAGCCUGCAAAGGGAGAGCCAGGCUGGCAAGUGGUUCUGAGCACACUCCUUGCCAGCAGAAAGUGUGACCAAGUGCCUGAGACAGAGCGUGUGAGCCUCUCAGUGAAAUCCUGCAAAGUGUUCCGCAUUUUCCGCCAGUGGGAGAGCAUCAAUCCUUCCUGAACGGGCUGCAGCCUCCAGGAACAGCAGCCUUGCAAGCAGUGUGGGCCGUUGUGUUGAUCCAGCAUGGUUCUGCUUCACAGCUGUGUGCUGCAAAGGCUACGGGCCACCCCAGUGCCAAACUGGGAUGGGGAACCCUCCAUCCCCAGCUGCCUUCCAGGAAGCUUUUCUUCUCAUAGAUUGCUGCUGGAGGCUUUGGACUCCCUCCUUCUCUCUCCCCAUAGGGUUUCAGCAGCUGUGUUUGAAGCCAGGGGGGUGAGACGUGGUCACCUGGUAAGGGUGACAUCUUGUCUGGCUGUGAACAGCACAGCAAAGUGAUGCCAGGUGGGAAUAAACAUUUCACUUUUAUUUCUUA